CGAAGGAUGAGAUAUUUAAUCUAACAAUACAGCUUGGCCAGCAUGAGUUGUUUCCUACUUUUGAAGUCCUCGCUGCAGUCCACGAGCCAAGAGAGGUUGCCACAGCUCUCCUAAAAACUCCUCAGCUGCUGGAAAAGCCCGUUUGGCUUCGAAGAGCAACGAUGCAACCUCAAAGUUCGUCUCCAACAUAACAACUUUCCUGUGGACCACCUGGAUAUCAGAUUGAUAGUCGCCCUGACACUUCACGCACAGGUAUAUAUAUAUAUAGUAUUGACAACGACUCCGCCCGUUGUGGGAGAGUAGUUGAUGCCCAACAUUUGAAUUGACAUACGCCACCAAAGGAACGGGAUAUUAGGAGAAUAUUCAAUCCUCAUCAGUGUGCCAGGAGGCGAGUACAUGACGCUUGAUAGCAAGACACAGAGGCCCUCAUCCCUUCCUUGAGGCGGAACCCCCAUCCGCUUGCUACUAUCCUUUAGAGGCCGGAAGGAUAGGCAUGAAGCCCAACGGCUAUAGCUCAGUGUUCCCAUCAAUCGCAAAACCACAGCCACAGCUGCGGAAACUCUUUGCGCAUCAGGGAGCGUUGGGAGAGGAUGUUCUAGUGCUCUAGACCGUAACUACAGGAGACAGAUAGGAACAGGAAUUUGCUCCAUCAAACAUAACGAUGGGUCGGUGGACCUCCGCGGAAUAUAUAAGGCAGAAAUAAAACCUUAUAAACAUCGAACUUUGGCCGCUACGGUGGGAUUUUUGUGUGUACUGCAGAGUUGCAAUCCUGCUCCUGCAAUUGCGUGCUGCUCGCUCAGCUGAUAUCUGAUAGCACUUCCUGUGGUUUUGGUCAGUCGAUGGUUUGAACCCGCCUGGAGCUCAUGUUGCCUAUUUCUAGCUAAUAUAAGAAAGAAUGCAUGCAACAUAUACCUAGGAAGCUCAGUAAUAUGCAAGAGUGCGAGGUUUGUUCCAGCAAGUCACUCUGGCUUCGUUUCUGUUGUCCUUUGAGACGUUCAGAUUAGAUCCUGCAUAGUACCUUCAGUUCAGCAAGCUUACUGAUUGCAAAACGUCCCUCGCAGAAAAACUUUUUUUGAUAAGCCGUGUGAUGCGGGCUUGAACCCGUCUGUUAUUCCUCCAAAUCGUUUUGCGUGGAAUGAAUGAAUGGAAUCAUUAAGAUUUUAAACGUUUCGGCGCCCCUCCGCAUCUAUUCCACACCCGUUGUUCGAUUGACUAUCGCCUCAUGGCCGAACGGGCAUUCAAGCUUUUGUUCGAAUGGUCUGGAUACCUGGGUAGGUAUCUACCUGUUUAGGUUUAUCUAGCCAAGCUACAUUAGGUAGUUAUUCCACGGAUUGUUGCGGAAACUCAGAAGCUAUCUACUCCCUUUAUGCUGAAAGCUUGAUGAAAUUUCAAAGUAAUAAUGAUGUUUCUUAUUUGGCUUCUUUUUGAGGAUCAGUAAGGACAAGGCCAAUAUUCCAUUACAACAGCUUCGACAUCAAGCACUCCGGCAGGCUUUUGCACGAGUCUCCUCAUUCAUAACUACACCCAGACACUGUAUCUAAUAGGAAAAAACACACUUAAUUUCAUUCAUAUAUUUCAAAACUCCUCGCCACAAUGGGGUAUGCCAACUGGAUUAACUUGCAUUUAACAAACGGUCUUGAAGGGCCACUCGCAGUUCAGAAUUCUCAGCUGUUGCACGGGAAAUUCUACACCAACGACAACAAGGACGAAGAAAUCACGCCCGACCAAGUCGACGAGAUCGUGAUCCCCGAGUCCGGCUCGGGCGAUAUAUACAGCUGCGGCAGACAAGGUGCGCCAGCCGGCACGCAGGGUUCCGUCGACCUGAUCGAUAAAGACACCCUGCAGAAAAUCUGCACCAUCAAUUGGUCCAGCCCCUUUGGCGGCGGUAGCAAUUAUAUCAGUGCCUCGGACGUCGAUAGGCACUAUAUGGUCGGGGUCCCUGCCGUCAGCGCGAAUCGGCCUGUUGGCUUUGUUGAUAUCAGCGUCGCGGAGUUGUAGAGGUAGGUGAUUGUGGGUCUGAUUGGGUUGGAUGUAGUUAUUCCGAAAGGAAGAAAGGGGUGCUUGACCUUCGCUCUUUGAAAAAGAAAGAAAUGAAUGUAUUAAUAUUCGGGGAAAGGAAUGUGGUCGAAGAAAGUAUUCAUAGCACUCUUCUUGGGCGCAUCGUCGCGGGAAGUUUUGGACGGUUAUCAGUGAAUAAUCCCUGUACGUAUGUAUAUCAGCCAAGCGAGAGCUAAAAGUAAAUUAAUUUCGUCACUUUAUGAAGUUAUCCUUGCA